GACAACGCGUGCGCCGUGGUGACCCUGAAGGCUGCGGCGGUUGCAGCAAUGGAACCCGCGGAACAGCUGAACGAAUUGGUGUCGGCCGAGGGCCGAAACCGGAAGGCGGUGCUGUGCCAACGUUGUGGCUCCCGGGUGCUGCAGCCGGGGACCGCUCUCUUCUCUCGCCGACAGCUUUUCCUCCCCUCCAUGAGAAAGAAGCCUGCGCUGGCCGAUGGCAGCAACCCCGAUGGCGACCUCCUGCAGGAACACUGGCUGGUUGACGACAUGUUCAUCUUCGAGAACGUGGGCUUCACCAAGGACGUGGGCAACAUCAAGUUUCUGGUGUGCGCAGACUGUGAAAUUGGACCGAUUGGCUGGCACUGCCUAGAUGACAAGAACAGUUUCUACGUGGCCUUGGAACGGGUUUCCCAUGAGUGACUGAAGGGUGGGGACCUCAGCUCCACCCCCAACUAUAAAAACUACUCCCACAAGAACUGGCAUGUAAGCUGAUAGAAUUGUCCCUCUGCCUCCCGUGUCCAUUAGGAGUCCCAGCAGGUCCCCCGGCACAAGCACAGGACCGAGCCCCAAGUGCAUGCCUCUCGCUUGGCUGGCUUCCUUCCCAUUUCCUCACCUCCCUUCCCCACAGGUGUGGGACACUGGAACAUCUCUCCUCCUCCUCGCACCCUCGCUCUGCUGCUCGGGCUCCAUUUUGCCCCAGCACCUGGCCAGGUGCUCUAGAAGAGCAGUAGCAACCUUUCAGCCACCACAACAGGUGACAAAGGGUGCUCCUGAGCCGAUGUUUGGCGUGCUGCGGUUUCCCCUCUCCAGGCAGCAUACCCGUGUUUCAGAGGGGCUGCAGUAUUUAAAUCACUAAUCAGAAAUACAUCGCUCUGGGUAUACCUCUAGCCCCGGGCUGGAGAGCUUCUUCUGAAGGCUGGUAGUGACAUUUGAUUGUUCAGAUGAACUCUGCCCUUUUCCUUUUAAAUCCUGAUGAGGUUUUUCUCUAACAACUUCUUACUGCUGUAGCCCAGAAGUUGAAAAUCAGGCCUGUAACCCUGUCGGGCAACUGAUCCAAAUGACACAUGAGUCUGUAGUUCUGUCUCAUCUGCACAGGUAACUGUUUUCCUUUCUUCUUAGGGAAGGCGUCUUGAGAGGGCAGGAUCAUCAGUUAACAUAACCCACCGGCCAGGAGGGUUUCCCCUGGUGACUGCGGGCUAUGAGCAAUUGCGCGAUUGCCUCUCCCCCAGUGGCUCCAACAGUGUGAUGUUCUGAUCGCUUGUUUAAUUACCAGUGUGAUGUUCUCCUGAUCACUCGCUUCAUGAUUUCCAGUAGUUCUGUCAAUUUUUUCUGAAGUGACUCACCUUCUUAAGGGAUCUCCAAAACCAUGUUUCAGUGAUCCUCCCCGUCUCUCUGAGGGUUCGCGAGGUCUAGACUUGCGAUGAGGACUGAGUAAAGGCUCUCCCAUCUUCCGUCCUUUCCUUGGCAUCGGCUUGCUGCUUCUGCCUCCUCCAGUUGUAAGCGAAGGGCCCCACUGUCAGUAAAGGGAGAGCCUUGGACACAGUUCUGCAGCCAUCCUUGUUAGCUGGCGUUGCAUCGAUUGUGAUGCAUGGCGCCCCAUGGCUGCAGAGUGAAGCUGCUCCACAGGGCUUUCUGAAGCAGAGCACCGGACCUGUCUAACAAGGUGCCUCUGGGUAGGCCUGACCUACCAACCUUCCAGCUACUAGUCAGGUGCUUAACCCUUUGCAGCACCCAGGGACUCCACAACGAGCCAACUCCCUGAGAAAAGUGGCUUCCUUCCUUGUCGGGGGGCCUGAGUGACCUCUAGCCAUUCCAUCUAGAAGUGAGAAAACCGUUCUUUCCAGAAAAACAGCCAGAUGCCCUUUAUUAUGGCAUUUAAAGGAAAUCAGCUGUGAGAAUGAUCACUCAAGUCUGAAGUAGUAAAGUAAAGGAGUAACCCUAAGUAGACAACCUCCUGGGGCAUCAAAGGAGCUCUGGUGAUGUAGUGGGUUUCAUGUUCAAGGCUACCAGCCACUCUGUGGGAGAAAGCUGAGGCUUUUCACUCCUGUGAAGACAUCCAGUCUCAGAAGCCCCGGGGCAGUUCCUCUGGGUCAGCGUCCACUCAGUAGGUGUGAGUGAAACCUAUGAAGCUCUUCUCCUCACAAGCCUAGCCUACACAAGUAAUUUUUCUAUACAAUUAGGCUUUUAACUGUUAAGGCUUUUUUUAAAUCACAGAGUAGUACGCUUGUUGCAAAUGAAUCCAAAACAUCCAUGGGAUUUUUGGCUGGUGGUCAUGUGUAUACCCUCCGUAUUUCGGUGUGUGCACGUGCGCUUCUGUGCCUGAGACUAGAAAGUGGCAACAUCCGUGUAGGUCGUGCAGGAACCGGCUGUGAUUCCUUCUGAGGUACACAGCAGUUGCUGUGAGGAGGAGCCACCGGGCAACUGACAGCAACAACGGUGUGUUGGUGUUAAGAAAUAGAGCUCAUACUGUGCUCUUUGAUAACUUGCUUUUUCUCCUGUAUCACAAUAGGGUGAGCGCCAUCCCAUGUCAGUGGAGACCCGUCUGUGUCUACUGCUGUCUUUAGUACCCCUUGUCUUGCUGUACCAUAAUCCGUUUGUCCAAUCCACCACUGGGCUGUUUUCCAGGUUCUUCCUCUUAGAAACAUGGACACAGCCUGUCCCCUUGUCGUCACGUCUGUGCACACAUUCGUAACGUUUUUUCUUGGCUUUCAUGAUUAGAAAAUGGAACUACAGAGGAUGGAUAGUUUUCAAACACCACUGUAUUGACACAAACUUACCCUGAAGCUGUACUGAUUUGCCCUCCUCCUGCAGUGUAACAGGGCAGUCCUUUCCCUUAGCCCUUACUAACACUGGGUAUUUAUUAUGAUAAAAAUACUUUAUCUCUUUAAUAGAAGAAAAUAGUAUCUAAUUUCAAUUUGCAUUUAUUCAUAAUGAAAUUUUUAUUUCCUUUAAAAAAAUUUUUUAUAUCCUUACUGGUUGUCUAUUUAUUGUUUCUUGGUUUGUUUGUUUUUUCUUUUUUUGAGGAUCGUCAAACCUUGUUGCCUCAGCAGUCACAAGUGUCAAGUUAGCAAUUCUGCCUUUCUGUUUGAUGUGGGUGAAAUAAAGGCAUUUCAACAGUG